GCAAAAGAGGCAGCGACGUCCUGGGUGACGCACUUAUCGCACUUGUCAGAGGCUCACAUGACGAAGUUCGAAAAGCACGUGUUCAACGAUCCAGGCCUCAUGGGCCAAGUGAGGAUUGCAGCUGAUGCAGAUCCGCCAGAAGUUUUAUGGCGGCACCGCGGGCGAUGCGACCAAAUAUACAUGUUCUUAGCAUCUCGGUUCCUGGCAAAUCCAGAUGGAGUGUUGGAUUGCGAGGGAGUUCAUGGCCAGUGGAAGUGGAUCAUGGACAAUAAGUGCUCCGCCAAGUUCAAGAUGGUCAAUGCCAUCCUCAAGUGUUCUUCGGAGCUGCACAUCAACGGGGGCUUCCCGAACGAAAACGACAUCCGACCCUACAUCGUGCAAGUGCGGGCAGCGCUUCUUCGAGAACUGGCUGCAGUCGACCCCGAGAUCUCAGCAGGUGCCAGGACAGACUGGGUGUACCGUCGCCGUUUCAACAUGAGCCUCGAAGAUUCGGACCUCCUCAGACCGAGGCCUCCAACGGCGGGCGUGAUACCCAAAUACCAUUAUACGUUCGAGUACGCGAGGGGUACGUACAUCAAGAACUUGCUACAACCGCUGAAGAUGUUCCUGUUCACAGGUCUGCCAAACAGCCCGUAUUUCUUCAUCGCAGAAAACAAAACGUUUGCUGGCAGGGAGGCGAAAGCAGAAGGGCAGGAACUGGGCCGCACUGUGUCG